UUUGUUUCCAUACAAUACAUUGUGGGUAUAUGCUUGCUUGCAUCAUUUCGAAUUUAGCUGUUGUCUUGUACGGAUUUCUAAAUUUGCUUGCAUCAUUUCGAAUUUAGCUGUUGUACGGAUUUCUAAAUUUGCUUACAAAUCUCAAUGGAACGUAAACAUUCAUUGUCGAGUAUUUCAUCCAGAGGAUCACGUUUUCCAGAUUCAAAACGUUGGAGAAAUCAAGAAGAAAGACGUGAUUACAAUGAUAAUUAUGGACGCACUAGUGGUCAUCGAUCUUCAAGAUCAUUUCGAGAUUCAGGGCAUGAUGAUGAUCAUCGUCAUUCAAUAAAUCGUUCAAGAAGAGAUUACCAUGAUGAUUCACGUGGAUUUCAUCAUGAUGAAAAAAGACAAGAUCGUUCGAUUCGAAAUGUCACUGAUCAUGAAAGACGUCGCUAUGGAUCAUCAUGCAGCUCACCAAGGGGACGAAGACCAUAUUCGAGAGGAGGAGAUAAUAAACCAUCUCAUCAUUCAUCUUUGCCGAAUUUUCCAAUUUCGGAAGAAUAUGCAAUUCGGAUAGCAAACAAUCCGAUUGUCAAUCAUGGUAAAGAACAAAAAUUAACUGGCAAUCAUUUCAAAUUAUCUACAGAAAAAAUAAUGGUUUAUCAUUACGAUGUUCAAAUAAGCCAACGUGUUAAAAACGAAUCACUGAUUCCAAAAAAUGAACCACCCACAACUGCUGGUGGUGAGGAUGAUUCGCACAACACUGGUCCUACUCCGAUUGUAAAUGAAAGACAGAUGGUAUUCUUGAAACGAAACUCACAUCGUAUUGUUGAACAGUUUGUUGAGAAGAAUUCAAAAUUUUUCACCACACAUCCCUAUGUUUAUGAUGGUUGGGCAAAUUUCUACCUAUGUGCUGCCUUAAGGACCGAAGAUUUGGCCACAGAUUUCGAAUUUAUUGCUGGUGAUGGUGGUGGUGGUUCUGGAAACCGCCAAAGACCAAGCAUGAACGAGAGAAUUACAUCCGUUCGAUUGAAAUUGGUGGACAAGAUUGAUUUAGGCAUCGUGGAAGAAUAUUUUCAACGAAGAUGUCGACAUUUGCCUAAUCAAAUUAUCAACAUUUGUAAUCUCGUUUUCCAUAAUAUUUUGCGAGAUAAUUUUGUUCACAACCAUUCCCGAUAUUUUAACAUGGGCAACGUGUCCGAAGAUGAGUCAUUACCCUAUUUGGAAUUUGUUUUUGGUUUUGAAUUAUCCGUUCGUAUGGCUCAAAUAGGCCUAUCAUUGGUGGUGAAUCCUCGUGUGGGCUGUUUAUUUUCCCGUAAACAUGAUAAAUUGAUUGAUAUCAUCCGUGCAAUGCAACCAGGUUUUCCUCGACAAAUCGAUUUUAAUGGCAUAAAUGCUAUUUUAAAACAUAUUACCAUUUACACUGAACACGGUGAUCGUAAACGUUACUAUAAUUUCCAUUCGCUCAUUCCAGAAAAGCCUUCCAACUUGCGCUUUAAAGAUGCUUCUGGUGAAGAAUUGUCCGUAUUUGAAUAUUUCGAUCAACGAUAUCAAGUAAAUUUGAAUUGUGAAUAUCCAUUGGUUUUGGCCAAAUCAAAAGGAGGCGUAUCACGCAGUCAAAAAAAUCAUUUGCCAUUGGAACUAUGUUUUAUCGGCAAACAACAAUUCAUUAACCCUACAAAAACGUCACGUGAAAUUCAAACAGUUGCAUUGAGAAAAUCAGAAUUAAAGCCGGAGAAAUUUUUUCAUUGCAUCCAAACAUAUGUGGAUAAAAUCAUCGGUACCGAUUCUAGAUUGUUACGCGAAUUCGGCAUACAUAUUCACAAUCGUCCUGCCUGUUUCAAGGGCUAUCAACUUGAACAACCCACAUUUAUUAAUCCGAAUCAGUUUCGAAUAACUGAAUCCGGAUCGAAUCAUAGUUGGGCGCUAAUUUCAUUUGAUCCUAAUAUCAGCCAUCGAACUUUGGAUCAAUUUUCCUAUAUGCUAAACAAAGAAGCUGGCAAAAUGAAUAUUCAGAUGGGACGUUUAAUACGGACGUUAACAUAUGAUAUUCGUUCAAUUGGUCAAAUACGGCCAGCAUUUGCCGAGAUAAACCGUGCAGGAAUUAAAUUUUGCUUGGCCGUCAUACCAGAUCGAAAUUCUGCAUUGGAUCCCACACAGAUCUAUGGAGCUUGUUCAUCUGUUUGCACGCAAGAAUUUAGCAUUACAUUGCAAUGUCUUAAUGCAUCACGUGUUCGUAAUCCACCGCGUGGUUAUUUUAACAAUCUAUUGUUCGAAAUCAACGGUAAACGUGGUGGCCAGAAUACUGUUAUCGAACCAGAAUUUUUUCGUAGCCAAUUACCUACUAUCGAUUUCUCUAAAACGAUGAUUAUCGGAUUAGACGUAAAUCAUCCAGGGUUUCGUGAAAGUGUGCCAAUUUCAAUCGCUGCUGCAGCCGGUACUUAUGAUUCAUUGCUUACCCAAUAUAUAAGCACUGCGCGAGUACAAAAAUUUGAUCGAACCGAAAUGAUCCAUCAUUUGGAUGAAAUAAUAAAAGAAUUGUUGGCUCAUUAUCGUUUCCAGAAUGAAAGACGAGUCCCAGAACAUUUGAUCAUUUUUCGUGAUGGUGUUUCUGAAGGUCAAUUUCAAACUGUACGUAAUGAAGAAAUUCCAUUGAUCCGAAAGGCAAUGGAGGAGAAAGGAUCAAAAAAUAUGACAUUGACGCUGAUUAUUGUCCAAAAGCGUCACAAUACACGAUUCGUAACCACAGAACCAUAUGAAAAAGAUGGCAGAUCACGUCAAAUGACACGUAAUGUUCCCAGUGGUACGGUUGUCGACAACACUAUUGUUGAGCCGAAUUUUGAUAUUUUCUAUGUGAAUUCGCAUUUUUCCAACUUGGGUACAUCACGACCAACUAAAUACAUUGUAUCUGUUAACGAGUUGAAUUUAUCGAAUGCUGAACUACAACGCUUAUGCUUUUUUGUUUGCUUCAAUUGUGUUCGCCAUAAGAUGCCAUUGUCGAUACCAACACAAGUCAUGUAUGCAGAUCUUUGUGCCUAUAAAUCCAAGAUCCAUAUCAUGCAUCAACUUUUAACCGACCGAUCAUUUCGAGACCAACGAAGCGAAGAUUUUGAUUUUGACGAUGAUCGUCCAUCUCUCGAAUCAAUCGAGGUGGAAAAUCGGUUAAUUCAAAGAUAUCAACAAUUUGUUCAUAUUCCCAAUAAUUCAAAGGACUGUUUGUUUUAUGUUUAAAACUCAAUUUUGCAGACACAUUUGUCACUUUACUGAUUGUAUAUGUAGAUUGGGGUUUCGAUUUCGAUUUCGAUUUAUCUGAAUAUAGAUUGAACUGAAUAAAAAGUUUUCUAAAUGACAAAAAA